AUGGGUUUCUUGACACUUUUUGAGGUGGCAUCUAUGCCAAUUGUACAAGUCCUGCUGAUCAGCUUAUUGGGAGCCUUGAUGGCAACGGAGUAUGUGAAUCUUCUCCCUGCAGAUGCUAGAAGAUCCUUAAACAAGCUUGUGUUCAUGGUGUUUACACCCUCUCUCAUGUUUGCAAGCCUGGCUAAAACUGUUACACUCCAAGACAUCAUCUCAUGGUGGUUCAUGCCUAUUAACAUUGGGUUCACCUUCUUAAUUGGAGGCAUUCUUGGAUGGAUACUUGUUAAAAUAUUGAGACCAAAGCCUUACCUAGAGGGCCUUGUUAUUGCUACAUGUUCAUCAGGAAACUUGGGAAAUCUUCUGCUGAUAAUUAUCCCCUCAAUCUGUAAAGAGGAUGGAAGUCCAUUUGGAGAUCAUAGCACAUGCAGCUCCAUCGGACUUUCAUACGCUUCGUUCUCUAUGGCGCUAGGAGGUUUCUACAUCUGGACUUAUACGUUCCAACUAGUAAGAACUUCGGCUGCAAAAUUAAAAGCACUUCAAGCGGUAGAAGAGGUCUCAAAAGCACCCAACAAAGACUUAGAAGCUAGUCAGGAAACUCACCUUCUAAUAGGACAAGCUCAAGAAAAUGUUGCAAUAGUUGUUGCAUCAACCAAAUCUUCUGAAGAUACAAAAAGCCAAGCUAUUGUUUCCGAAGAACCAGACCAAGAACAUGGAAAAGGGAAGGUGUCAUUCUGGACUAAAACAAUAGGAUUUCUUCAUCAGCUCUUAGAGGAGCUCAUAGCACCCCCAACACUAGCUGCAAUUGUCGGAUUCAUCUUUGGAGCGACUACGUUUUUGAGAAACCUGAUAAUUGGUGACAAUGCCCCCUGCGAGUGA